CGCACCUUGUUCGUGAGCGGCUUGCCGAUGGACACCAAGCCGAGGGAGCUCUAUCUGCUUUUCAGAGCAUACGAGGGGUACGAGGGGUCGCUGUUAAAAGUCACGAGUAAAAAUGGGAAAACAGCGUCGCCGGUGGGAUUCGUGACUUUUCACACAAGGGCAGGCGCGGAGGCGGCGAAGCAGGAUCUGCAGCAGGGGGUUAGAUUCGAUCCUGAUAUGCCACAAACCAUACGUUUGGAAUUUGCAAAAAGUAACACAAAGGUUAGCAAACCCAAGCAACCAGCCGCUGCAGCAGCCACCUCGCACCCUGCUCUGAUGCACCCUUUAACGGGACACCUAGGGAGUCCAUUCUUCCCCGGUGGUCCUGAAUUGUGGCAUCAUCCAUUGGCGUAUUCUACAGCCGGCGAAUUACCGGGCACGCUGCAACAUGCGACGCUGGUGCACCCGGCGUUACAUCCUCAGGUCCCCGCGCCUAUGUCCCUGCCGCAUCCUACGACGUUGACGUCGAUACACGCGUCGCUGCCUCAUUUUUUACCGUCGCCGGCACUGGCGUCACCGGUCGGAUCACCCUCAUCACAGCCGAACAUAGCCGUCAGCAAUGCGCAGUGCUCCACCCUCUUCGUGGCAAACCUGGGCCAGUUCGUGUCCGAGCAUGAGCUAAAGGACAUCUUCAGCAGUUUUCCUGGUUUCUCCCGGCUUCGUAUGCACACGAAGGGAGGCUCGCCAGUGGCCUUUGUCGAAUAUCAAGACGUUCGCUACGCGGCCCAGGCGAUGGCCACUCUCCAAGGAUCCUUUCUCCUCUCCUCCGACCGGGGAGCGAUACGAAUCGAAUAUGCAAAGUCAAAAAUGGCCGAGGUGGGCUUUACAAAUCUCUGGAUCGAAGGAUCAAAGAGACAAGAAAACGGCCAACCUUAAGAUCGACAUCAACGGCAUGUAAAGAGGCAGAUUAUCGGGUGGCCCGAGGAGAUGACAGGACGUGCUCUCGUAGGACAGGAUAUCCAUCGGAAAACAAGACACGAGGAAGAACCAUACAAGAAAUCGCAUAUUAUGAGCAAUUGAAGAUUCGUCGACGAGAGAUCGUAGGGAGCGAAACGUAGGAUGCGGGAGCAGUAAACACAUACACACACACAAACACACAUACACAUACGAAAAAGUAAGGAAGACAAGAGGCGCAAAAGUUGCGAGCGUGGGCGGAAGGGUAAGAUUUCGGUCGCUCUUCCGCCCGGAAGGGACACAGCGAACACACACCGGUAGGCAAAUUCUUGUAAAUUCUUCGACGUUGCAGAGCGGAGGCGUGUUGGUUCGCGCGACUCUAGCGGGGGGCCCAAUAUAAUCACAUAAUAAUUCCUAGGUAUAUAUAUUUUUUAACGAACUUAACUUAUCUCGAUUCGCGUACCUACCUUUACCUACUAUUUAUUUUCACCGUGUCUUUGAUCGCGAUCGACGACGACGAAGCGAGAGACAGGGAGGAGGGGAGGGUGAUGAAAAGAAAUGGGGCAGAUGGAUCAUCGAAGAGGAGGCGGCAGAAGAACGAAGGAAACGAGGAAGCGGAUUUUAUUUCUUGUAUGUGUACACAUGUGUAAAGAAAAAUGGCACUCUUCGCAGUCACUGCACGCGCACGUUAUACCGCGAUAUUUGUUUACACGUACACGUAUACGUUACAAACAAACACAUUUACACGUGACAGUUGCGGAGAUUUUUUCAGACAUAUCAUGCCACCCAGGGAUCCGCGAUAUAUAUUAUAUAAAAAUUGCAUUCAACAAUAAUCUAUCGGGUGUUUUGGAAAAAGAACUUGUAAAAAAUUCUAAAUAAGUCAUUACAUCGAGCUUGAGCUUUUCAAAUUGUUCGUAUAUUGUUGAAAAUGUGAUGUCGUAAGAAUCGAGUCUCGCAAAAAUCAAGCUCAUUAACGCGUGAUUAAAUCGCACUGAUAGAUACGAUGCGAAUCCUGGUGGCGACUCUAACGCGAAAUUGCGUAUUUCACACACUGAAACGAAACAAGUGAGGCGAAGAUGAGUACAUCAAGCUUAAUACCAAAGGUGCCCUAAGAAGCGUGUAUUUAUGUUUUAUCAUCGGCGCGUCGCGCGAAGCACGAGCGCGCGUACAUUUAACUAUUGUAUCUUGUUAAGAAGAGUCUAGUGUCCUAGGUGAGAGUGAAGAAGGUGAAAGAAAGAAAAUGAAAAGGAGAAAAGAGAGAGAGAAAGAGAGAGAGAGAGAGAGAGAGAGUGUGUGUGUGUGUGUAUGUGUGUGUCAGCGUGAGAAAAAAAGAAAGGAUAUUCUAGCAGAAAUGAUAGGUGAGAAUCUGAGAAUGAAAUUGCGAAUGUGAGAAAACAUGCACGACGACAGGAAGAGAGAAAAAAAGAAGAGAAUCAACCACCGGAUCGAAUGAUAAGUGAGAGAUGUUAGGUGAGAGAAUGAUUGCAAGUAAUAAUCUUAUACAUAUAUAUACAUAACGAACGCGAACAUAUCAUAGGGUUAAGCUGUAAAUGAGGAUUAAAGUGUGGCGAGAGGGGAAUUUGAACGACCGUCCGUUUCUCCGUGAAGCAAAAAAAUUGCGAGAAAGAGAGAGCGGACGGAAGAAAGGAAGGUGGUAGUGAAGGUGAUGUGCCCCGUGUGUUAGAAACGGCGGCCAACUCGGCACGUAAUUUGCCCAAGUGCCUUUCUGUUGGUCGAGUCACAAGCUGUAAUCGGUAGUGCGUUACACACAUAGAUCUUGUCCCGAUUUUUCGAACUCCUAAAGAGAGAACUCCCGGUGCUUCUCUGAACGUGCAACCAUACCCGAAAUACGUCCCAUUCGCCUCUCUUUCACCCUGUAUCGCACUUCCCUUUCCCUCCCGCCUUCUCCUUUUACUUUCUCGAUGGCGGAAAGCUGCAAUGAGGGCGCAUUGAAGAUCUCGUGAUGAUUCGAGGAUCAAAGAUAAGUUUUUGAGUGGAACCCUUUUUCUGAAAUGGCUCAAUAAAUUCAUGAAAAUCUGUAAUAGCUAUCUCUUGGUAAUUUCUCUUUGACAUGAUUGAAGAUUUUCUCCGACUUUCUCCGUUUGUAUUCGUGCGGAAUACUUUUAAAAAUCUUGUAUCUCACGUAAAAGCAUGUAAGCGUAUUUUAAAAAAUUAUAAUAAUAUUCGCAUAUAUAUAGAUAUAUAAUUCUGUGUGUAUUUGAUGCAGGAUUUUAAUAAGUUUAGAUUUUUAAUAAACAUGAUUGUGUUUACGUUAAUUAUAACAAAAUAGAUCUUAAGAAAUAGCUAUAUAACGAAGAUUGUUAGAGCAGCUUUUAAUAAUAUUGUGCAGCUUCCGCCGAUGAAUACUCGAGAGUUUCACGACCAACCUUCGUAUCCCCCGUUGUAUCACUGGGCAUUUAUUACAUGCAUCCGCAAUUAACGAAAGUGGAAGUUACUUAAGAAACGAAAAAGCCGCCGAUUAAAACAGUGGAUUUCGGUAAUGGCGAUCAUCCAUUGGCGCACUCGGGCGAGCCGAUCGUUUGAUCCAUCAUUGAUCGCCCGUCGUCAUCGUCGUCAUCGUCGUCAUCGAUCGUCAAGUCAUAAUCGCGCCAGUAUGUUCUUUAUUUUUCUACGGAAAGCGACUGGAGAGCACUACGUUAGAAAUAUCACUCCGCGAUAUUGGGACUUGACGAACACACGAUACAUCACGCGUGAGAAUGAAAAGAUGAGAUAAAAUAGAAGUAUCUUUGUUAUCGUGAGGCAAAAUGUUGCGAACUUUAACCCUUUGCGCUCUUACGCUUGAGUCCUACUUUACAUAUCAACGUAGAAUUAUGGAGAUGGAUCAGAAAUUGAUAUUUUGUAAUGCUACAAAUUUUGGAUUUAACGCUACAACUAACUGACAAGCCACUGCGAUAAAAUGUAAUUUACGAAACUUUAGGAAGUAUAAUCUAAGUUGUAAUCGAAUCGAGGCCUUACAAUUCGACGAGCAGUGUAAUGGACUGAGAUUUAGAUCUGUCCUUAUCUCAGAUAUUUAAAAACAAAUGAUUACGUUAACGGGUAAUUUAAUAAUUAAAAAAAGGGACAUGAUUAGCGUAUCUCAUUGCGGACAGCUUUCAUGCGCUUGGAACCAGACUUACACACAGUUGGCCUUCUUCUUUAAAAAAAAUGUACCAUAAUAUUCUCAAUGCGUAUCCUUUGAAAUUAAGAAAAAUAGUAUAAAUUACAUCUUGUGAGUGCAAAGGGUUAAUGAAAUUCGUAACAAGGACAAAAAGUUUUAAGAAUUUUAAAUCCGCCGGGGAUGGUUCUCGAAUAUAUCAAGAUAAAUAUCUAGCAAAAAAGGAAGAGAUGAGGAAAAAAUAUAGUGAGGGGAGGAUAAUGAGAAUUACAGUAGACAAGUUUGGGUAACGCGACCGUGAUCGCUCGAGUAUCGCGAUCGCGAGGGAUGAUCGUCGAUCUUAGAAAAAUUGCGAGGAUGCGGCGCGGCAAACGCAUUAUUCGGUAUAUUCAAUAGCUCGUUAUUUUGUAAUUAGCCAUUAAGAGGCGGAUUCGUCGUUAUUCACGGUCGGAAUCGAUGAAUCGUUAGAUUGAAUUUUAAAGUGCUUUACAAGUGAACUAACACAUAUCAGUAGGCAGUACGCUAUUAUUACAUUAACAUAGAGUGGUAUUCGCGUAAGGAUAUAUUAGAGGUUAAUAUAAAAUAUGAAGAAGUAUAUAUAUACAUAUAUCUACAGAUAGAUAUAUAUAUAUGAAGAAAAAAUAUAUGUAUAAACUGCGCGACUUUUAAAGUACAGGGGCGAGAAGUACAUGUCAAUCAGAUAUUUUGUACCGUCUCUAGGAAAUUACUCUAGCGAGUCCGUUUUAUUUUUUUUUUAUAUACGUAUAUAUAUAUAUACAUAUAUGUAUAUAUAUAUAUAUUAUAUAUAUAUACACACGUGUAUAGGCAUAUAUAUAUAUAUAUAUGGCAUCGUGCGCAACGCACUGCGAAACGAAUCAUGCGAAACGCGAGGGUAACCGGGACUUUACAGCGCUCAUUUAUUCUGGAAGAAAAGUAGUGAAAAGUAUCAUUUAUUGAGCGAAAAACUCGAGAGAAAGUCGUACAUUUGACGAAUAAAGUAUAAGUGAAAAAAAGUCACUUUUAAAAAUGAUUAAUUAAUGAAGAUAUGGGGGAUUGAAAAUAAAUAAAUAAAUAAAUAUAUAUAUAUAUAUAUAUAUAUAUAUAUAUAUUUGAAUCUCUGUUUUACAUUCAUGAAUUUAUGGAUCAAUGAAUUAACAAAUGUGUGUAAAAAAUCUCUAGAUAUUUCUAGAAUUGAAAAAAUAAGUAGCAAUCUGCAGCAUUAAGCCGAUCGAUUGUACGAUUUUUCCUUCGAGAGAACACGCUCUCGCUCUAAUAAUAUCGAAUCAUUGGUUCGCAUGAUUAGUCCACUGUACACUUCGGCAAAUUACAACUCGAAUGGUUUGCAUACUGAAAAUAUCUUAUAAAAUGUGGUCCACCAUAGGAACUUCGCGUCCGCGUGAAGUUCAUUGAAAGGGGGAAGACAGAUUCAAGGUCGAAGAACGCAAAAUCACCAAAGAUGGCAAUGUAUCGAUCCAAAGACUACCAAUAGACCUCACAAAGACUAUAUCACGCUGUGAAAAAGAAAAACAUUAAUAUGCACCACCCGAUGCUAGAUCGCACCAAUCUACCGUAAUGAUAGCGCGAAGAAAAAUCAAGUAUAAUUUGCCUUUGCUUCUUGAGUUUCUCUCGUAGAUCCCGAUUCCGUCCUCGAAGGAAGAUCCUGCGGCAGGAUCGAUCCUCGAGAUUCUAAGACCUCUGCACCAUCAUAAAACUGUAUAAAAACUAUAAUCGAAAGGCAUUUUAAUUUGAAGCUUUACAUUUGAUUUAAUAUCGAGAGGAAUAUUGCAUAAUUACUUUUUUUUCCAAUAAAUAAUGGAUAAAAAGAGGAAGAUUGCAUUGGCACUCUGGUAGUCAGAGAUCGCUCGUAAAACUUACAAUCGAUUGCGUCGAAUUGUCAUUAGGCUUUUUAUAACGAGAAGAGAUGGUUUUAAAGACAAAUCAGGCAAAAUCGGGCAAAAAAUAAUAUAAUUUGCAAUUGAAUUGUAUAUCUUUUGUUUACAACUGAUUACGAAAAUCGCGUCUCAAAUAUGUCAGCCCUGAAAGAGGGCUACAUACCUUAUCGUAUUAUACAUGUACGAGCAUAUAGGACAACCAGGAUUAAUAGAGCUCCUUUGAGCCUGACCACACUUCGAAAGUAAUGACCAUAGUAGUAUUGUCAAGACACCAAAAAUGAAAGUAAAGGUGAGAGGGAACGAUGAGAGAUGAAUAGACAAAAUACAUAUCAAUUUUCUAAAGCGCGCGAAAUGCGAAGCGGAUCUGCCGCGGUGAUAUGUAAUCGCGUACAGGCAUCGCUUCGCACCGAUACCAGUGAUAAGUGUCGAGGAAGGGAGUUUAUACAUUCCGGACAAAUGAUCUAUGAGGAGGAGGGGGAGAAUAAAGGGGAGAAGGAGGAGAAAAGUACGAUAGUCUAAAAACAGCUUUCCUAUUGUUUGAGUACGAUUUUGUUAAUUGACUUAAGCGGCCGUGAGAACUCGUUCUGGCGGCGGAUUUAUAAUACGUCAUGAUGUUUUUUCGGAGUUUUAUAAGAUUGCGAGUAGGUAGUUAAGUAACCGUAGACUGUUCUACAUAGUUGUUAAUCGUAGUAUCACACGCGCUUUCUGUGGUAUUUAGUUGAUUCUGUCAUUGAUGUUACAUCCGUCUGACGACGCGCGACGUAAGUAAAGACGAAGCUAGACGAAUAUAUAUUAUAUAUAUAUGUAUGUACCGUGGACUUCGAUAUCUUAGAGAACAACUGCGAUCAGACAUCUGUAUUCUUUCAUUUCCCUUUGAAAGUACUCAAUACGUUGCAAUUUUGCUCACUAAAAAACAGAUAUUGUUUACGUGGGAACCAUUACUGUCAUGAUAUUCUGAUUACUGAUAAUGGAUUUACAUUGAGAAUAUCUAUAAAUAGAUGCCCGGCUAAAAACACGAUGUCUGCUCGAAGCCAUCAAAGAUCGGAGCAAACCGUGGUAUUUUAUCUGAAAGUAAUUGAAAUAAUUAUAAGCGGCUCGGCGACGCACGUACGUGUGGAAACGAGAGCGUAGUCAAUUUGUAUAUUGCAACUGUCGCAGCCCUGGUGGCGUUUGAUUCGUUAUUUAGCAAAAAUUAAGGCGGCUUGCGAAUUCUUGUUGAAGCCGGUCGUGCUAAUCCACGUAUAUUAUAUUAACACGAUUAUGUCGCGCGUGUAAUCGAUUGACGUGGGUAUCCUUUGCUCGGGCACAUUGGUAUCGCUCGUGCGAAAUAUCGACUUCUGAAUGACGCGCAUUAGAAUGGUAAUUGUGAAGAAAUAUUAACAAUUGGAAUUCUAAACUCGAAAUAAAAUUAAAAUCUGGAGUUAAAUGCGAGUGUGGUAAAUAAACAUGCUUUUUAAAACUACAUAAAGAGAACUGUGUGAGCUAAUGAGAGGUUGAAAGAGAGCUAAAUAUUUAACAAAAAUUUAACAUAAAUGAAGUCGAGAAAGUAAUAUAAUCUUAAUUAAUUAAUUUUUUAAUAGGGCAUUUAUUGAUUUUUUGUAUUAUGAUUGUUAUCGCGUUUAAUUGAUGAGACUGUUGAAGAGAGAAAUCGAUAUUAUUAUUAUAUCGCUUUGUAAUUUUUGCCUUAAACCGAGCUUUGGUGUUAAUUCGAAUAAUUUUUUCUAAAGACUCUCGAAUUUUCCCGAACAGGUUGGAGAAUAAAUCUCGCGCGAUCGUUCGGCAUUCUCACCUUGAUCUUCUAAAUUCGCGCAGUAUUUCCAUGCAUUCCCUCGAGACGAAUAUUCUUUGAGGUGUAGGUACCUGAGACUAUUCGACUAUUUAUUAUUUACGCGACUCAUACGCAAGUAAUCCCAAAGAGUAAAAAAUGCUACUUUGCGCCUUCGUACUAAAGUACUCUCGCAAAUCCCACGAUUAUCAUAUAAUUAUCGUCCAAGAGAGUCGAGAAUCGGCGACCAGUUGGCUCAUUAUUGCCAAUUAUUGCCAAUUACAAAUCUUUUUUCUCUCGUGUAUCCCGCCACACGAAUAGACCAGGAUCUAUACAUAUAUACAUCGUUAUAAUAUUUAUCAGCAUGAAUUAAACUGGGCUUUAAAUCCCAUAAGCUACUUAUCAAUUAAAGGAGAAGAUUAUUUAUUAUACAAAUUUUAACAUUUAAACAUCGAUCUUCGAGAAAGAGAAUUUACGUCAUUUUGUGUCACAGAAUGUAUUUUGAUGUAUAUUGCCGUAGAAAAAAUUACUAAAUUCAUUAGUGCAAUUAACGAUACGCGUAUCCGAUAUGCGCUACACACUUUCUACUAAUACUUGAUAUUCUGACAUAAAAUUUUUUAAAGGCAAUGAUUGGAUGAUUGUCACAGUGAACUAAAUUAUUAUUAUUAUUUAACUCCAUCAUCUAUAUAUUAUCAUCAUCAAAAUCAACAUUUUUGUUUGACAUUUUUUUUUAGAAAUAAACUCGCUAAAUUAAUAUUCCUCGCAAAUUUCACAGCAUAAUACAGUAAAAUAUUAUUUAUUUUCUUAUUGUUUAAGGGAAUUCAAUUUUUGAGGGUCUUAUUCACUAUGACGUAAUCCUAUUCAAUCAUCGACGGCAGCCUUUAUACCCGUCCAAGCCACGAUCGCAAGAUCGAUUCACAACGACGACUACGUAUUGAGAUCACAAAUUCGGGGGGGAGGUUGUGCACAGUGUGAGCGAGUAAGGAGGGCGCCUAGAAAAGAGACUUUUCAAUAUUCGGAUAUCGAAGUAUGUACUUAUCUAGAGGAUCGUUCGAGAUGAGAAGAGUCGGGACUUAUAGUUGCUUAAUUAAUUAUUUGCGCGUCUGUGUAUAUGUAUCGUAUGUAUGCCUGUAUACAUGUACGUGUGUGUGUGUUUGUGGUGGGUAUGUGUGGGCAAAACCCGUUCACGAGAUGGAAAUAUUUAAUAGACGGUGAUAUGGACGGAUGUCUACACGACGAACUGUGGUAGUUUGUACCAAACGUUCACAAUUUCCGGUCGCGAGACCGGAUAUCCUUGACAAAAUGAUUAUAGACGAACGAAAUAUAAUAUGGGAGGAGCUUUUCACCUUUAUCCCGAUCUUGGAGGAAUAAUGUGAUAAGUAAUACCCCUAUUAAGCGUCGUAAGAUCGAAGGAAAGAGUACGAAGGACUCUCUUCUUAUGAAUUCUUAUGAAUCGAUGAAUUAAUUUGUCCAUCUGUCAACGAAAAAUUAUAUUAAUAUUCUUGGUGAUCCUAUAAAUUGAAACGGAUGGGGCAGUUUAUACGAGGCAUGCGAGAAUUCUUAGGAUUAUAAGCUUAUAUUCUAGCGUGUUCAUAGUGUGUUCCGUGGAAGUCUCAUGCUGUUAUAGACCUCGCCGCUUUCUGAAUACGUGAGUUUGCCGAUUUAUAUAUAUAUGUGUGUCCAUGGAUUGGUACACGAAAUUGUGAGUAUCCAGUAUCUCUCCGGAUCUUUGAAGACACGAAUUUAUAAUAUUCUCACUUUACGGAUCCGUAAGUCUUAUUAGAGGGAACUUUUCUCAUUUUACAGAUGCGUUCAUUGAUUCGGCCGUAUGAAUUUUUAGAAUGUAUGGAUUUAUGGAUCUGUAUAGAUAUAGAAUUCAGCUUCAUAGAUCUGAGCUCAGGUGGAUACUGCGCACACAUUGGUGUCGCGUCCGGUAUACGUCGGCCACGCGUGAUUGAAAUCUGCGUUUUCGCAGACGCUUUAAGAAGCACGCGUUGCGGAUGUCAGUUAGGGUCGUGUAACUAGCAAUUCUUUGACAGGGUCAAUGUAAAUUGGGGUAUCGAGCUAUCACAAAUCGCAUUCGAGUAAAAUAACAAAAUUCGCAUACGAACGAUACAUCUGGCAAUGGCCGAUUUUUUUUUGUGUUUUGACAUACAUUCUACGCAGUGUUAAAUACACGUUGCGAAUAUCGAGGAGAAAUUAAUUUGUAUAAGGUUUCGCGCGCAAAUAUGUCGAAGGCGAAUCCGCGUAGUCAAUGCUGCGACAUGCGUAAUCUCAGUUAAAAAAAAAAAAGACAGAAUAUGACAAUCACACGUGUCACGAGAUCAAACAGUAACUCGAGAUACUAGGGUCGUUCGGCAUCGCUCAAUUUGCAAUGAGAAUUCCCGAGGGAAAACACGUAACUGCUUUUGAUACUUAUACAUUGUACAGUAACGUACGAUAUUUUGAAAGUGAUAAAAAACACGCCCUUACAUUCUUAACAUAUCAGAAAACAGCGAAAUCGGUCGAUCAUUCAUAAUAUAUGCUGGGCCCGUCUUCAUCGUAAAAGAAACAUGCUAGAGAGUACCUAUCUUGUUUUAUUAUUUAUGUUAUUGUUUAUCUCAGGGUAUUUCAAAGAAUUAUAUCUAUGAGUGAAAGAUGAGGGAGAUAAUACAAAUCGAUCUAGUCCAAAAGAAUUUUUUCAGCAGUGGAUAUAAUACGGUGCGUUAGUGUUUAUUGAUUGAGAAAAGAAGAUCUUUAAGUUCUGCGACUUAUAACUCACAGUGUCUGCACUACGUUUAAUUUGUCUCUCACAUUGUAAAUCAUAUAUUUAGUAAUAUUAGGUAUAUUAAAUUAGUUUCUCGUUAGGAAAAUAGAUUUAUUUAAAUCGAACGCAAUAAAUGAAUGAUCUUUUCACAAUACGGAGCUAUAUGGUUCAAUAAUGUCAGCUUGAAAGACGUCCUGUAAUUUUCAUCUCAGAUAGAUAGAUAAUGUCCGGCAUGGUAAAUGAUCGAGCGUUUCGCCGAACUAAUCGCUAUAAUUAAGGGCACGCAUAUUGGACCACAUUCGUCGUUCGUAGACAACCGCGAGCGUUCUGUGGCGUUUAUUAAUCAAUAGAUACACCCGUGUCUUACAUUUGUAUCCGUCUGUAUGUAUGUAAGGACGUGUCUCUUUGUGUAGCUACGUUGUCCGUGUAUUUAUUUGCGUGUUGUUUCUAGAUUCACAUCGCGCGCGUAUUGCAUGCGUGAACGCGUGUGUAUGCACGCGGCUUCGGUUUGCGCUUGGUGUCUGGGUGGAAAGAUAGGCGGGAGGUAUAUCGAAAGAGAGGGAUACGUAUAUAGUUGGGAAAUAAUGCAAAACGUCGAUGGAGUAGAAGCGUUUGAGGAAAAUAGGGAAUCUUCCCUAUCACGCGAAUCUCGUAUAUGCGUGUAUAUAUGCACAUAUAAUAUGUGCAUUUAAAUAUGUAAUAGUCUAUUGAGAUCUGCAUCUCGUAGAAAUUUAUUAGGGUCGAUUCCAAUGCAUCGUGAAGACUCUUUGCCUUAACGUGUAUUCCUAUUUAAAAUGUACAUUUUUUUUAAUGUUUCGAGAUUUUACAUUCUUGAAAAUAAAUAUUUUAAGAAUUUAGAUCUCUAGUAGAAAUAUUAUAAAAAAUUUCAAAAUUUUUGGGAUGUUAGAAAGGAAAAAAAAGCAACCUUCUUUUCAAAUCCUUUAAGACAUUCGUUUUACAUUCUUGUUAGAUAUAUAUAAUCUGUUGAUUGUGUAAAAUUUCUGGGUUUCACGAUGCAUGUAUAAACGACAUUUUAAAGGAAAACCGUGAAAUUGAAUCGCGAUUCAAUUUAAGAAAAUGAAAAUUGUGAGUUACGAUAACGUGUAUAUAAAGACAAAUUCGCGAGUCGAUUUCUACACACGUGAGAAAUUUUGUCUGAUGGGAUGCGCAGAGAUAGACGGCGCGUUUCUUUUGACGAUCUUUUUGGCGUCAGAGUUCUAUGCUGGGCUCUGCAUCAGCCGUUGCUUGUUCUUUACACUUGGUUAUCGUACACUCGUUAGCCGCACAGAUGAACGAUCGUCAGAAACGCGCCUGCUGUUUCGCGAAUUCUUAACAGAUCGGGGAGCGUGAUCGAUUAAGUAAUUACUGUAAUAAUCGCUUUCGCUCUCGUGAUCGGCAUCGGUUUAUGGGAAUUCUACGAUCACUUUGGAUCGUCCCCUCGAACGCGGAACGGUGUGAUUUUUCUCCGUUAGAUGUGUAUGACGGUCGUAUAGCAGUUUUUUUCACGCAGCAAGGGAUCUACGUAAACACCUGUAUGUUUACGUAGAGGCGAUUUAUUCGUAAAAAUUAUCCGCAUUGCGAAGAUUGUCCAUGGAACAGCAGUUAUCGCAAGUGAGAGAUUAGCGAAGUGUUACGGAAAUAUGGUUGUUCGAGCACAUUUGAGCGAUCAGAGUCGGCAGAUUUGAACGCUCGAGUGAAUUGAACACUUUGCGGAUUGAAGUGUGUGAUUCGACGUCCUAUACUUGGUCCGCGCUUUGGAAGAAUACGGUGCGACAAAUACAAAUGUUAUUUUUGCGACUGAGUACGAGACCACAUGUUCGCUUAGGUAUAAUCACCACUUUUGAGAUUAUAAUUUUGUAUUUAAUCUCUGAUGUAUAUCACGUGCAUACAGCUGCAGAAACUAGUCCGUCCCCUGCGCACGCUACAGUACAGCACGAUCAGUCCGCAAAGUGUUGAAAAUUCGAAUCUACAUAUUUAUUAACCGUGGUAAUAAUAGUGAACUCAUGAUUUUAUAGAUCAUUAUCUUACUGCAGAUUUUAUAAUUUGCAAACUUAUUGGUCUUUUUCUUUUUACAAACGCGGCAAGAUGUGGUUGCAAAAGAUAAGUUUCAUAAUGCAAUCUUUAGGAUCUAAAUCAAUCGAUGUAAAGAAACGAAUUAUUUUAAAGCGUACGGAUUAUUGUGUUCUACAAUUACAGUUUUAGAGGAUCAAUAUUUAUUACUUUUUUACUGUUAAGAACUCACACAAGUGUGAUUAUGCAGCUUUAUAAACUUCACAUAUCAAAACGUAUAUUUUUAAUGAUCUGCAGAGGUAACAUUAUAUCUUAAAUUCGAAUAUUUCAAUAAUUUUGAUGCACAGAUAUGUGACAAUUGCUAAAUUACUUGUCAUAUGAUUCAUGGACAGUGUCUCGAUCGGUUACAAUGAAUUUUUUUUCAUGUUAUUCCGUAAACUCCGAGGUUCACUAUGUAUCGCAAGUUACAUAUGUAUGUACUAUGUAUCCGGGUACAAGCUGGCGGUCAAUGUAAAUUCUAUGUCAAUACAUUGUUCAAUAAUAAUUGAGCAUUGCGGGGAAUUUGCGUACACUGUAUCGACAAUGUAUAAUUUUUGUUCAUCAAUUACACAUACGAGAGCAAUCACACAUGGUAACCAUCGAAAGUGGCCCAGUACACAGGCAGCAAAAUCGAGUUCACGCAAGCGUGCGUCGCUUGGCACGACGACGAUUAACCCUAAAGAUUGUGCGUGCAUAAUAAUAACAGCAACACUAAAUAAAGAUAGUAAUAAUAAUAACGGUAAUACUUUCGUAUUCGUUACAAAAAGAGGGGGAUACAAUACAUCUGACAUAUUUAUGAGAUAAAGUUCGCGCGUAAAUUCGUAGAUAAUAACAACAAUACUGAUAGUAAUAAUAAUGGAUAAUGAAUAGUAAUAAUAAUAAUAAUAAUGAUAAAAUUAGCUGCAGCUUUCUGUGUAAGGUUAUUGUGAUAUUUAAAGAAUAAUAACUUUACCGUAGCGACAUUGAACUAUGUUCAGAGAUAAGAAUAUGAUAUUUAGUGAGCGAAUAAUAAUAUUAAUAAUAAUAGUAAUAAUGUAAUGGUAAUAAUACUAAUAAUUAAUCAGUAUGUCGACGGGGCUUGAGUGGACACACCUCUCCGAUAAUUGAUCUACGGCGGAGGUACAAAAUCGGAGUCGUGGGCGAUCGCGACUCUCUCGUUUCUUCUUCUUCUUCUUCAUUUUCUUCUGUGUUCUUCUUUAGUAUUAUAUGUAUAUCUAUAUAAACGUUUUUUCUCGUUUUAUCAUCAUCACGGACGAGGUUUGAAACGACAAUCUGAGGCCUCGUCAAAUACUGCUGGAUGCGUGACGGACAUUCCGAAGGUCGAUCGGAAUAUAAUAAAGAGUAUAUCGAGAGGUAAAAAGUACUGAUUAUCUGCUACCGAGAGCUAUCAGUGAAUAUAGUGUGGGGUGGUGAUCGGUCGACAAUUCGGAACGUCCGUGACGUAAUCCGGAUCAAUCCGUCCAUAACGUGUCUCACGCCGGAGACAUUUGCACAAACGCGUGCAUAUUAAUCAUUGGGACUACAAAAACAUAUCAUCAUAUAUGUAAUAAUACUAUAUAUAUAUUAUAUAUAUAUAUUAACAAGAAAAUAUUAAGCAAUAAGAAUUUAUUUAUAUGCCCGUAAAGAAAAAGUGAAAUAGGACGAAUGAAACAAGAAAGAAAACAAGUAACACAUUAAACAUUGCAUAUCAAUUCGUGUGUCUGGGCAAGGAUUAGCUUAUAUAUAUAUAAAUAUAAAUAUAUAUAUAUCUAUAAUCUUUACUUCGUCGUUGUCAGGCGUUAAUGUUAAACUUAAUUAUCAUUAAUUAAUUAUUAGAUUGUGAAAGAAUUUCUUCAGGUUCUAAGCAAGAUUUGGAAAUAAUAAAACGAGCAAAAUACA